CGGAAACAUGGAGUUUUCCGUGGUGGAGGUGUUUUUGCACCACCUCUUCACUUGUGUGACCGAAGUGUCGGCAUAUGUGAAGCAUAUUGAACUGAGGUUCAACUCGUAUAUUGAGGUGAAUGAGUAUGAGCCUUACCAAGUGUUCCUGGCUGCCAUCGCCUUUACACUGGCUAUGGUAUGGCUGUACAACUUCCUCUUCCUGCAAGAACUCAGCUUGUGGGAAAGGUUCAAGAUGGCAACCUUCAAAACUCUAAGGAGUUUACCCUACGUGGGCCCCUCGAUUCAGAGGGAAGUUGACAAGGCCCUGGCGGGCAUGGCGGGGUCUCUGUUCAAGCUGCCCGCAGGGAUGAAGUACGUCAACGGACUGCCCCAGACAGGACUGUCUGAGGACCAGGUCAUGAGGGCCAUCAAGGGGUACCAUCAACUGGGCCACGUUGACUGGAAGAAAGGAAAUGUUUCGGGCACUGUUUACAGUGGACAGCCCGAACUAACGCAACUCUGCACCAAGGUGUACGGAGAGUUUGCGUGGAGCAACCCGCUGCACCCGGACGUGUUCCCCGGGGUGCGCAAGAUGGAGGCAGAGGUCGUGGCUAUGACCUUGAAGAUGUUCAACGCUGGAGUGAACGCCUGCGGAACGAUGACCUCAGGCGGCACAGAGAGCAUCCUGAUGGCCUGCCUGGCCUACAGGAACAUGGCUAAGGAGCGUGGCAUCACCCUGCCCGAGAUUGUUGCUCCUUUCAGUGUGCACGCUGCCUUUGACAAAGCUGCUCACUACUUCGGUAUGAAGAUUAUCCAUGUGAACAUGGACCCCAAGACUUGGAUGGUCAGUCUGAAGAGCAUGAGGAGGGCCAUCAGCAGCAGAACCUGCAUGCUGGUUGGAUCUGCCCCCCAGUUCCCUCAUGGAAUCAUUGAUCCCAUCGCUGACAUUGCCGCGCUGGGCAAGCGGUACGGGAUCCCGGUGCAUGUGGACGCCUGCCUGGGAGGGUUCCUGCUACCCUUCAUGAAACAGGCUGGGUUUGACCUGGCUCCGUUUGACUUCUCUGUGGACGGUGUGACCAGCAUCUCUUGUGACACACACAAGUAUGGCUUUGCCCCGAAGGGCUCGAGUGUGAUCCUGUACAGUGACAGGAAGUACCGGCACUCCCAGUACUUCGUGCAGCCCAACUGGCCAGGCGGCGUGUACGCCACCUCCACCAUGGCUGGUAGCCGCGCCGGGGCCAUUGUUGCCGCCUGCUGGGCAACCAUGAUGACCAUCGGAGAGGACGGCUACGUUGAGAGCACCAGGAAGAUUGUGAAGGCUGCGCGCUACAUCGCCAAGGAGCUGCGCAAGGUGGAGGGCAUCUUCGUGUUCGGGGAGCCCGAGGUCAGCGUCGUUGCCUUCGGGUCAACGGAGUUCGACAUCUACAGGGUCUCCAACACCCUGACUGCCAGGGGCUGGAACCUCAACUCACUGCAGUUCCCAUCAAGCAUCCACCUGUGCUGCACGCUGCGCCACACGAUGCCCGGCGUCACCGACCGUUUCAUCACCGACGUGAAGAAAGCCGUUGCCGAGGCGAUGGCCAAUCCCAAGGCAAAGGCAACCGGACAGGGUGCGAUCUAUGGCAUGGCUCAGGCGGUACCAGACCGCACACUGAUCUCCGAGAUCGCGUGGGGCUACCUGGACUGCGUGUACGACACCAAGCGCAAGGAGGAUGACGGCCCUGUCAACGGCAUGCACCACUGAGGCGUGCUAAGUGGCCUUGGAUUUUAAUCCGCAGCCAGAAAUAGGCUGUAUAGGGCCUUGGAUUAUCACCAAUACUCAUGUUUCCCAGUAGACUACAGUUAAAGAAAAACAUUGCAUGAAUUGUGCAACUUACUUAUUGUGUGGAUUCCACACAAAUUUGUAAGGAGUGCAAAUUCUAACACAUCAUAGUAACAGUAUCUUUGUCCAACCCGGCAAAAGCAUAUGUUAGUAAUAACGGUGGAAAAAAAGUUGAAAAGAACAAAAAAAUGUUUUGAAUGUGGGGACAUCCAGUCACUUAAAACAUUUGUUUAUCAAUUCUCAUGUUGACAAAUAGUCUACAGAAC